AUGUGCCAAUGUGGUUUUGUGGGGGAUGAAAACCAUACGGGAGAGAUCCAGUUCCGCUUUCAGCCAUUCUCACCUGUCCUGGAGGUACAGAUGUUCAUUUAUGUGACAUUCUUCUUGGUCUAUAUUGGCAGUCUCAUUGGUAAUGCCACAAUCUUUCUCACGGUCUGGGCUGAGCGUUCACUCCACACCCCCAUGUAUUUCUUCCUGGCCAACCUGGCAAUUCUGGAAAUAUUUUACUCUUCAACAGUCGCCCCUUUGGCCUUGGAAAGCAUCCUGACCAUGGGGAGAAUACCUAUUUCUUUCACUGGCUGUGGCACCCAGAUGUUCUUCUUUGUCUUCCUGGGCUGUGCUGACUGCAUCCUCUUGGGGAUCAUGGCUUAUGAUCGGCUCGUAGCCAUCCGGGAUCCCUUGUCUUACACUCUCAUCAUGAGAUGGCAGCUGUGUGCCCAGCUGGUAGGGGGAGCCCUGGUGAUGGGUUUCAUUCUAGCCUUAUUACUAACCAAUUUCAUUUUCCACCUGCCAUUUUGUGGCUACAACACAAUCACUCACUUCUACUGUGAUGUGCUUCCUAUCUUGCGCUUGGCAUGCGGAGAUAUGCAAAUGCCAGAAGCCAUGAUCUUCAUCACCAGUGUCAUCAUCCUCACCAUCCCCUUUUCCUUGAUCUCUAUCUCCUACGUCUUCAUUGUGUCCACCAUCCUGAGGAUGCGCUCAGCAGAGGGAAGGCACAAGGCCUUCUCUACUUGCUCUUCCCAUCUGACUGUGGUUCUCCUCCAAUAUGGCUGUUGCAGCCUCAUCUAUUUACGCCCCAGUUCUAGCUACAAUCCAGAAAUGGGACGUGCGGUUUCGGUUGUCUACACCUUCAUUACGCCCCUCUUGAACCCUUUGAUCUACAGUAUGAGAAACAAGGAGCUGAAAGAUGCACUCAACAAAGUAAUUAAAAGAUAUACACUGAUCUAG